AUGGUAUUCAUACCUGGAAAUCCGGGGUUGAUUGACUUUUAUACCGUGUAUCUUAACUUGGUUCAAGAGUCAUUUCCCGAAUACAAUAUUGUGUGUAUUGGCCAUGAUGGCUAUUGCAAGAGAGAUAGAGACUUUCAAUAUUUCAAUCUUGAACAUCAGAUCUCCCAGAAACACAGGUACAUUAGUGAAUAUGUUUUGCAGAAGACCACUGAGUCUCCAGAAACAAAGGUUGUAGAAUUAACAUUCCUUUGCCACUCUAUGGGAGCUUGGAUGAUGCAACGAUUAGUUAAAAGACUUUUGGAUGAUAAACAAUUACAAGGCAAAAUGGAAAUAAAGUUUGUUGGGCUAAUAUGUCCUACUAUUGUUGAUAUAUGGAAGUCAUCUAAGGGACGUAAAUUCACUCAUAUGUUUGCGUACUUACCAGUGAUAUGGCUUUUUUUAAUGUUUAGCCGAUUUUUGACGUUAUUGUUCAAUGAAAAUAACCUAAAGUGGAUCAUUCGGAGAUUUAGCUUACCGAAGCCGGUUUUGACUCUGAAAGAUGCCCUACAAAGUUUUGAUAAUUCAGUGGAAGGUGCAUAUCUGUUGAUAGUGAAUCAUCAAAUACUCGAGCAAACAUUAUUAAUGGCCGAAGAAGAACUUCAACAGAUUAGACAGAAUGAUGAACUCAAUGAUUGGUUUUUCCAGAAUGUACCUAAAGAACAUGGCAUCAAUAUUUGGUGUUUCUUUGCGGCAGAUGAUUAUUGGGUUCAUAACUCCACCAGAGACUACAUUUUAAAUCGAUACCAUGAUAUGCACUCCAAGAAGGUCAGAUUCGAAGUGAGACGUGGCAUUGACCAUAGUUUCUGUGUGCAUCAAAAAGAGCCUAUUUCAAACAGUGAGGUUGAGACCAUGAACUCAAAGAGUCUUGACGCAACAAAGUACUCGGAGGUUGGUGAAGAUGGUAGACUAGAGUUAGACACAAAAGCUUUAGACAAGAUCUACUAUAAGUUGGAUUUACGUAUCAUCCCUGCCUUAUGGAGUUUAUACUUCUUAACCUCUUUUGGUGGUAGUGCUUAUGGUUUAACCUUGACCAUGAAUAGGACUCAAGGUCAUUCCUUGGGUCAAGCUUUAAAGCUUACCCCCCACAACAUCUCCACUGCAUCUGCAUUGUACUAUGUCGGUUAUAUUAUUUUCGAUGUUCCUAUGAACCUUAUUAUGACCAAAGUCAGUCCUCAAACUUGGUUGUCAAGAAUUGUGAUAACUGUCGGUUUGGUCUAUACUUGUUACCACGCUUUAAGCAAUGCUCAUGGUUUGUAUGCUGUUAGAUUUAUAUCUGGUAUGGUUGGUGCUGGUACUUGGCCGGGGAUGAGUUACUACAUUAGUUUGUUCUACCCUAAUGAAAGACUGACCCGGAGAAUUGGGUAUUAUUUCACUGCUGCUCAGAUUUCUGCUGCUGUGGCAGGGUUGGUCUCUGCUGGUGUCCAGAAAAUGGACGGUGCUUUAGGUCGUACUGGUUGGCAAUGGAUGUACCUUAUCUACGGAUGUGUCACCAUGGCCGUAGGUAUUCUGUUACUUUGGUGGUUGCCAGAUAGACCAUUCAAGAAGCCAGUGGACUUGGCCACCCGCACUGGCUGGAAGAAAAUCUAUUACCGGUACUUCACCUCCCCAGCUCCCUUGAGCGAGCAAGAAAGAGAAUUGCAUAGAAAGGAUUUGGAACAUAGAUACAAAAUGCUUUCUUGGACUUGGAAGGACGUCGUCAUGGUUGUUAGUGAUCUUAGAAUCUGGCCCAUGAUUAUCAUGUACUUUGGUGUUGUAGGUACUGGGUUUGGGUUGGCUGUCUUCGGUUCGACUAUCAUUGCUACCAACAAUCCAAGCUUGACUUCUAUUCAAGUCUCCUUGUUGUAUGCUCCUAUUUGGCUCUUUGACUUAGGGGGUAUUUUAACCAUCACUCCAAUCGUUGACAGAUACAAGAAGCUCAGACCUCUUGUGUUCUGUUUGGCCUGUUGUGUUAUCAUGUGUGGUAUGUUUGUCACCACUUUUGCCAAGGGGUCAUGGAACAAGUAUGGUGGUCUUUUGAUUGCUGGGUAUGGUUUGGGUCCAACCGUGCCUAUUAUCAUGGCUUGGGCAGCAGAAAUCUUUGGUCCAAGAUACGGUGAUGUGGGUACUGCUGUUUCUGCUGCUGUUGUUAGUGGGUUGGGUAACCUUGGUUCUGUCACUGCCACUUAUGCCUUGUAUUCUGGAUGGCCAGCAGACAAGAAGAGACUUUACAGAAACUCAAACAUGAUUUUAGUUCUUAUGUUGGGUAUCAGUAUAAUUGCUUGUGGUAUUUGUUACUUGAUCAAAGACAAGGUUAGACAAAAUAAACCAGAAGUCGAAGAAUCCGAGGAAUAA